AUGGAGUUGAUACGUCCCAUCGAAGACAAGAUCAAGGCCGCGAGAUCCGGCUCGCGCCUCCAGAAUCGAGCUUGCGACCAAUGCCGUCGUUCAAAGAGGAGAUGCGAUCUUGCCGAGGCAGGUCCCGAUGGUUUGCCCCUUCAACAUGAUGGUCCCUGCAAACUUUGUGUCCGCAAGAAUCUCCAAUGUACUACACACUGGAGCGCGCUGCAGCAAACGGUCAGCUCCAGCAGACAGGAGCUUCGUCACAUCUCGCAGACAUCAUCGAGCUAUAGCGCUCUCCAGGACCAGCUCUCCUCUCACCAGUAUCUCCCUGCUGGGCUUUCGACAGCGUCCAAGAGCAUGAGCGACCACAUCGAUGGCCUCUACAUCUCGACAAAGCAGCUCUUCACCUACGUUGCGGCGUGGGAGUGGAUCUGGCAGCAUUUCCUCGGCUCUGGCGCAACGCCCGCAGGGGUGGGAUUGGAUGCGGCAGUUCAUCCUCGUCGUGGUCUGCUCAGCGGCUCCGCGGCACGCGCCUGGGACGACAUGAUGGUGGUCAACAACGUGCCGCACGUCUCUCCCAACUUCUUCUACAGCACCUUUGUCUGCGACGAGGCAUAUCGACCCAGCGGCCGCUUCAAGCGGCUGCCAAAGAAAGCGGAAGAGAUCUCGAUGCAGGCGCUUCAGUACGCCAUCGUGGCGUAUGCGAGCCAGUACGGAUCACAGAACCCGGGCGAAUGGCGUGGCAACGAGAGCGAUGUGCUUCGAAGGCGGAAGGACGCCGAGAUCGCCGAGGCUGCUUGGAUGCGCGCGCGCAACUAUCUGAUGGCGCAUUCGUCCGUGACGACGUUCCGGAUGGCGUAUGCGCUUCACUUGUUCUGCAACACUUGCCCACCCUUGCGCAGCACCAAUUCCGACCUGGACGUCGUUCAAGACAGCGUCUUCAUGCUGCAGAACGGACUGCGUAUGAUGGACGACCUAGCAACGGAUCUGCUGCGUCAGCAGGAUGACGACCUCUUCGCCCUCGGCUAUCAAAACACGGACGGUGCUCGAAUCGACGACGAGGUUUUGCUGAGAUCGGACCCGGGAUAUCGUGCGCGAGUUGACCGAGCGCAUGCACUGAAAGACGUUGCAGAGAACCUGCUAUGGUAUUCGGCCAUCUGCGACGCUGCUACGACAGGGGGCUUCGGCAUGCCUCCGGUCGUACGGGCGAGUACGCGCGAUAAGGUGGACAUCGACGCAUUGCAACUGUCGACCGCUUUGCUGCCAGCGACCGUCUCGCCUGCGAAAUCAGCGGCGCCCGACAACGGCAUGCAUGUCGCCGCCGGUUCGUUCGGGUCCAUGGCUGACGCAAGUGCGCCCUUCCUGCAGAACGGCUUUGGCUCGAUGCCAGCCAUGGCGCACAACCCUGACCAGAGCGCCCUGCAAUUUGAAGACGCAUCUCUGUUGAGGCUCGGACCCGGGCUCAUGAUGGCGAAUGGCAUGGAUGGAGACCUUGAUGCAUCGACUCGAGAUUGGACCGAUCGAACGCACAAUUCUGUGUCGACGUCGCAGGGUCUCGCAUUGAACACCGACCCGAAACAUCUGUUAGCUGGCGCCUUGUCCAGUCCAGUGUCGGCGGCGUCGGAUUCCCCAAGCGCGUGGACCUUGGUAGCACAUCGAGCGCUCCACCUUUCGAAGCAGAUACCGUACAGUUUUGCCCGAUUCGCGGCGGCGCCAGGCGACCCCGUCCGGGUCAAAGAGUUCUUGAACUUGUGCCAGGCCGGAGCGUCGACACAGAUCAUGAUCUGGCAGCGCAAUGGCAACUUCAGGGCAUGCCUCGACAAUCCGGACAGCACAUCUGCCGAGCUUGCAGAGCAGUUUCAGCGAACUUGGACCAUGAUCCUCUUCGUGCAGCAGGUCUUCCAGCCCCUGCUGGAUCUAGAUGCGCAUCUCUACUCGCAGAUGCCAGCUUCUGCCCAAUCGGUAGUGACGCACCUCAUCAACCAAGUCGGCAUGGGCUCGCUCAUCUUUCUGGAGAUCUGCAGCUUCCUGGAAGGCAUGCCAUGGGUGCAAGGCUCCAAGGACCCUUCGUGGCCGCGGGCCUCGAGCAUGCUUCGGAACCAGCUGGAUCAAUCGCGAGAGAUGCGAAGCGCAGUGCGUCGAAGGAGUGCGCUCCGGAUCGGCAGACUGCACGGUAUGGUGGCGAGGCAAGUGGAGCAUACGCUUCGCAGUGGCGGUGGAUCGCCGCCGCGCGAUGCGUACAGCAGCGGACAGUCGUCCCCUGGUGGAGCCGGCGAUCAUGGCCAUCGUGGAAGUGAUGCAGGGCUGAGCACAUCGUCCGAAUUCUCUGCGCAUGGUCGUAUCGACAUCCCCUUGCCCCAGGACGACAUGAUCGUGCCUGCGCUGCAGAUUCACAGCAGCCGACAUCCCGUGCCGACCCAUUUGGCCGCUGUGCUGCACAUCUCGUUCUGCGCGCUGGUGCCGGAUGCGUUGCAAGAGAUCAGCCAGCAUGGCGUUGCGUCGUCGAUGACCCUCGAUGCUAUCGAUGCGGAUCUGCGCGGGUUACAGGGCAUUCUCGACUGCGUGCUGAGCUUUGGAACCGGCUUUCAUCGCGAGCCAGGCCUGGAGACCGUCUUUUCCACACGGAACUGGCUCGCUCCUCACCGCCAGCCCAUCAUCCUUGACUUGCGCUGA